AUGAAGGAAAUAAUACAGGCGAUCAUUUUUCGGUUGCAGCAAGUGCUGUGGACCAUAGUGACAGCAAUAAGUCUGAUAAAGGAUCGCUAUACUUAUGGCAAAGAUGGUUUCGAAGUCAAAAAUCACCGGAAGCCAAAAUGUCUCGAAGGCUGGGAUGAGCGAUAUAUUCAGACAAAGACAGUUCGUCUUCACUAUGUGCAAACGGGUGGUGAUGAUAGACCUUUGCUUCUGAUGUUACAUGGAUUUCCCGAAUUUUGGUACUCAUGGAGAUAUCAACUGAAACAUUUUGCUGACAAAUAUCGAUGCAUCGCGCUAGAUCAGCGCGGCUACAAUCUCUCUGAUAAACCAAUCCAUACCGAAGAUUAUCACAUAGAUUACCUUGUUGAUGAUAUUCGAGAGGUGGUGGAAAGGCUAGGGUAUAAAAAGAUUUUCCUAAUGGGACAUGAUUGGGGAGCAGUUGUUGCAUGGCAGGUGAGCAAUUUUAGAUUCAUUUCUUUUUUUAUCAAGUAA